GGAUAGAAUCAACGAAAAGAUGAAAGCUCUGCAGAAGUUGGUGCCAAAUGCAAGUAAGACAGAUAAAGCGUCAAUGCUGGACGAAGUCAUAAAGUACUUAAAGCAGCUUCAAGCACAAAUUCAGUUAAUAAGCAGUGCAAGAAACAUGGAGUCUCAAAUGAUGAUGCAAUUACCUCUAGGAAUGCAAUUACCACAUAUUCAGAUGCCUUUACUAGCAAGAAUGGGCAUGGGUGUCAAUCUUGGCAUGACACCAGGAAUGCUUAACAAUAUGACUGCUAAUUUAGCUCGAGCUGCUGCAACAACUCCUCAUCAGUCUCUUACAGCUCCAUUCAUUUAUCCAACCUCAAUUGCUACUUCCUGUCCUCCCUUCAUGUCACCAGCCUUCGCCAUGGCCCCGACCAUACCUACUCCGCCACAAGCUAAUGGCGAUGCGAGUGCAAGCAGAGCUGCAGUUGCCUCCAGUGUCACCAAUUCAUUCCCUUUUAACGACCCCCGUAGUGCAUUUCUAGCGCAAUCAAUGAACAUGGAGUUCAAUAACCAGUUGGCAGCCCAAUAUAUGCAGCAGGCCGAUAAUCAGUCUAUGCAGACAAGAAGCAAGAACUUGAACCAAGGAAACCUCAACCAAAGGCAAACGGAAUAAUCAUAAUAUAUAGCACAUUUUUCUUAUUUUCGUGCAUUUGAUGCAUUUAA